AUGUUCACCACUACCGUCAACACUCGCAUGGUAUUACCAUCACGAGUACGUCAGCCGUCAACGGUUACUGAGGGCAGCAUAGGAAGCGAUUGCACGACCCUGCCCGUGAGCAAUCUCCCAGCUCAUCUCUGUCGUUCGACCCUGCCCGUGAGGAAUUUCCCAACUUAUCUCCAUGCAUCUCCAUAUACAUUCGGGAUGAUCGCUCAGUACGUGAAAGUCGUAUGUAACAGUAAGACCCUUAUCUCCAGACAAUUAUACAGAUGUCUUUCAAGAAAACCUGAAGAACAGCUGGUUAGAAAAGGCAUAAAGGAAUGGCGAAAACCAAUAGAACAGGAAAAGAGUUUCUUGCAAAUGUUUAAUAGAGAUAAAGAACCAAAUCAGUUCUUGCAGUUUUUACGUUCUUCGCGAGAUCCAUUACCUCUGGAAGUAAUAAGGUGGUGUGAGAAAAAGGUGAAAGAAAGUAUAAAAGUUGAUCAGCGAUUUCGCCCCGAGAGACAUGGAAGUCUUGGCUCUGACCUAGCAGCGGCUUACUUUAUCGUCUACCGUGGUGGUAGGGUUAAAUUUGAUGAACAUUCUGAAUGGACAAAACUGGAUAAGGAUGAUGAGUGUAACAUGCCUAAUAAGUUUAAUCCUAAUUAUAUUCUUAAAGCCAUCGAUCUAUCAGGGAUGAACAUAAUUUAUGAAGGACUAGAUAAUCUACGCAAUUUAACAAAAGUAACAUGGGCUAGUUUCAGAAAUUGUCCUAAUUUUGACGAUUGGUGUCUCGAUAAGAUAACUGGAAAUUUUCCUCAGUUGGAAUAUCUGGAUAUUUCAAGUUGCCCAAAAAUUACAGAACGUGGUCUGGAGUCUAUUUACAAAAUUACCGACUUGAAGACGUUAAUCGUAACAAAUUAUUAUGGCUCGCAAGCAUUUGACAUAACAUGCUUGAUGUUGCAAGAUUGCAUACCAACUUUAAAAUGUCAUCUACGGGAACCAGUUCCAGUAAGAAGAAAGGAUGAAUGGAGUUAAGAAAAAUUAGAAUCAUCGGUUAAAGGAACAUCAUUGAACAUAAUAUGAUAUUUCUUCCAAACGUGUUUCCAACUUACCUUCUUCUGUACAUUUUUUCGCUUUAACGCUAAGUUUGUAUGGCGACGUAUUGCCUUCUUCAAAUCCAAGACAGUAGUAUUGUGUAAGGGUACCUUUUUAUCGCAUGAAUUAAUUGCAUUGGUUAACAGCAUAUAUAUAUAAAUUUAAAUAACAGAAGUACUUACUACAA